ACCGGCGCGGCUCAGCUCAGGGUUGCCAUGGCGGAGGUGCAGCAACUCCGAGUGCAGGAGGCUGUGGACGCCAUGGUGAAAAGUGUGGAGAGAGAAAACAUCCGGAAGAUGCAGGGCCUCAUGUUCCGGUGCAGCGCCAGCUGCUGUGAAGACACCCAAGCAUCUAUACAGCAGGUGCACCAAUGCAUCGAGCGCUGCCAUGCGCCUCUGGCUCAAGCCCAGGCUCUGGUCACCAGGGAGCUGGAAAGGUUCCAGGACCGCCUGGCCCGCUGCACCAUGCAUUGCAAUGACAAAGCCAAAGACUCAAUGGAUGCAGGAACUAAGGAGCUUCAGGUGAAGCGACAGCUNGACAGCUGUGUGACCAAGUGUGUGGAUGACCACAUGCACCUCAUCCCAACAAUGACCAAGAAGAUGAAGGAGUCUCUGUCAUCCAUCGGGAAAUAAAAUUGUUUGCCAGUGACCAUCGGAACUGCGGGCAGGCUAUUUU